AUGUCGACUCUGGCGGCAAAGAUGUCCAACAGAGAUCGCCUGCUACUCUCCCAGGCGGUGUAUCAAGAGGGCGAGCAAGCAUGGGCCAAAGUAGCGGCACUCAUGAGUCAGUACGCACCCGCCAACGGCUACACGCCAGACUCGUGUCAAUCAGCCUAUGCAGCUCUCACUGCCGAGCUAGACAACGGAGUACCGCGAGCAGCGCCGCCACGAGCUGUCACGCCGCAGUCACGAGCACAGCUCAAGCUAGCCAGAACGUACUAUCAAGCUCGGAUAGACGAUCUCAAGACGAGCAUACGAGCGGAAGAGGUCCUCUCCAGGCGUCAUCUCAAAGACGCUGCCGAUAUCCACAAUGGUCUCUGGGACGACAAGAUCAAAGCGCUCCUGCCCGAGACCGUCUUCAAGCCAGCCGCUCCCGAAGCGUCCACGAGCACGCCAGUCGUGAGCUCCGAUGGACCCGUCUCACCCGGCGCGCGAAAGAAAUCUCCAGAUAGAAAGACUUCACCUGUCGUCCCUCCCGCUUCUGCGCGAAAAUCUGCAAGGAGACAGAGCGCAGAUGCCAACGCCGUCGUACAAGAAGCAGACCCUGACCCGCCAGAGCCGCCCUCGCUGACCAAGCGACACUCUUCGAGAAUUAGGUCCGAUCCGGACACUAGAGCUGGUCCUUCGAUUGGACAGACUGCCGAGUCGAUCGAGACCGAAGCGAUACAAGAGAUUCUAGAGGACGAAGAAGAUGACACCUUGCGACAGGGUGAAGACAUACUCGAGGGCGGUAGCGAACAGUCUGGUAAACCUCGUUCGGGACGGAGCACUCGUUCGAGCGCGGCUGCGCCCAUCGAGAUCAUCUCAGACGCCGGCGGAUCUGACGAAGAAGAGGAUGCGGAUCAUUCGAGCUCGCCUCAGAAAAGGUCCAGAAACAGAGCUACCCGAUUGGGUACGAGACGGACUUCUACGCGAGGCAAGCCAGAUACGGACGGGCAGGAGGAGGAUGCCAGCGUGAAAGAUGAGCAGGAAGACGCAGAGGAUGAGGAUGAGAUGCCUGCUAGACGCGGCUCACGGGUCAAGUCAGAGACUCAGCCUGCUCGAGGUGCAAGCAAGCGCAAGCGUAACCCGACGCCUCAGACUGAACCCUCGCCCGCUCCUUCUGAUCGAAGCAAGAAGCGCGCAAAGACAGAUGAGAGCGAGGAGAUGCAGGUGACGCCCGAGAAAGACCGUGCAAGCGCCAAGCGAUUCCAGCGAUCCAUCUUGCAGAUACAUACCCAGAUCGUCGAGAAUCCCAAAGCGUCAGUUUUUCGUGAGCCUGUCAAGCAGACCGAUGCGCCCGGCUACUCUGCACUCAUCAAAGAACCGAUGAGUCUCAAGGGCAUCACUAAGCGUAUUCGCGACGGCACCAUCACCAAUUCGAUCGAGUUUCGAAGAGACAUCACGCUCAUGUUUGCAAACGCUAUCAUGUACAAUCCCAAGGAUAGCGAAGUAGCCCGUCAAGCCCAGGCGAUGCUACAAGAAGCAGAGGCACUCAUCGGCGUUUAUGACCAGGCAGAAGCGUUUGCAUGA